CAGUCGCUAUUCAGUCGCUAUUCAGUUGCAAUUCAGUCGCGCGGUGUCAGGCACAUGGAGGGCCUCUGCCCAAUCUUAUUCAGUCGCAUUCAAUCAGAUUCGACCCUGUGGAAUCGGGGGAUGCGCUUUAGAAUACUCUGCUCAAUAGACAACCCUUCCGUCUCAAUUGAAUCGGAUUCAGUCGCAUCUAACACAAACGAGGCUAACGCUAAGAAAUGACGCCAACUUUCACUCUCACGCACUGGACUCCCAGCACACACCUUUACACCCCUCUACUCGGUCUUCUCAUGGCCACGCUGUGUGGGAGUGUGAGGGAGACCCGCCUGCUGUCGCGAGUCGGCCAUGCUGCCGCUCUUUUCCCUCCUCCACCCUCCUCUGCAUGGAGAUCCCUCCUCGUCCUCCUCGUCCCCCUUGCCCUCUUCGUCGACUCGGCCGCUGCUGUGGUUGCUCCCCUGGAGCAAAGAACACGCCACGAGUUGCCAUAGUGCCAUAGUGCGUUGCAUUAACGAUAUUAACGACCGACUGAAUAAAACAGGCUAAAGGCCGGU